AAGGAAACAAAAACAUAAUUCAAGACACAAACCUUAAACAGCGGACAUCUGAGUGCCUCCGUGCCAUCUGAAAUUUGUACAUUUUGAUCGAAGAAGCAAAGGGAGCGAAAGCACAAGCCCAUCAUUUUCAAGACGACGCAAUGGCGGACACUCAAAAUUCUGGCAGUACUUUGCCUUCAGGGGGUCAGGUAUGCAAGUCCAUCCCAGAUGUCCUGAUGAUUCCAGAAAUUAUUAUCGGAGGUGCUGUUUGGAUCCUGGUGGCCAUCACUAGAGUUCUCGUUCAGAUCAACCAAGGCUGGGUGAUGUUUGGCUCAAUUUUUCUUUUUUUCUUCUCCCUGCUGUUUUUGAUUGGCCUGCUCAUCGGAUUUCAGAAGGGGGCACACUAUUGGAAAGUCCUGGAUGUGAUUUAUCACGCCAUUGCUGCUGGCAUAUAUUUCAGUGUUGCUGUCCUUCAGGCGAACGCUACAUUGGUGCUUCAAGAUAACGGAUUUAGUGCUACGCCUGAAUAUAAGCUCAAUGUCGCCGCCACAGUGCUCUCCUUCAUCAUCACGGUGAUUUACGUUGUCCACGCUGCACUUUCCUUCAAAAGAGCGAAAUGAGGAAUACCCAGGGAUCAGGAAAGAAGCCAACUCUGAAACGCACCCAAGAAAAAACAUCAGUUUGUUUAAUUUUGUAUUUAGAUCUGCAAUGAGACUCUGCUUUGUAAUGAGAUUCAUAAAGGAAGAAAUGCAUGAAGACAACCCUAAUGGACGCCUGGCCAAUGUCAGCUCUUCAGCCCGACGCAACUCUUCAUUUCUUUGUUGCCCAAAACAGAAAGCAGGAAGAGGAAUUAAAUUACACGGUAAUAAUAAAAACAACGAGAACAGAAGUUUCAGUCAUUUCUGGAAACAGUGAUGUCCCACUGCGUAGAUUUAAACAAUUGAGACAUUUCAUGAUGAAAAUGCUUUGUCUUUUUUCCCAAUUCUGUUCACAUCUCUUAAAUCUCUGCUUAUAAAAAAUGGCUCAUUAAUGGAGAAAGCUGACCUUGACGUGCAUGUGGGGGGACGUCACAUGAAGCAGGACCUCCGCAUUAAAGUGCCAUGUCGGCUGUGUCUGCUGGUGUUGGGGGUGUGGCCUCUGCUUAGGGAGACACGCCCACCCAGAAGGGGAGGGGUCUUUAUGUUCAGUUUGUUUGAUUACUCAAAGCUGACGUUUUCGAGAUUACAUAUCUAGAUUGACAUCACUGAAUUUCUCUCGGCCAAAUUUGUUAUAGAUAAAUAUUGAUAUUUUACAA